UAUAUUCAGACUGUGCAUGUGUUCACUUGAGGGACUUAAUCCUGGACAAGUCACUCUUCUUGGCAUUUCUGAAGAAUAAUCCUAUCCUGACAUUCCUGGUUUUGUAUCCUGUUAGCUUAAGCUGAUUCCAUAUUCUGAAGCAUCUUUGAAGAAAUAUGCAUUUUGUGGGUGGUAUUGAUGUAUCUGUUCCUGAUCACCCUCAGACCAUCCAGUGCUGAGAAAUAAGCCAAGCCCUUUGGCUCAUCUUUCCAACUUCCUCAAAAGACUGACUUCUCAUAGAAGCACUGAACAAUGGAUGCUUUGAUGGGGAAAAGAGCAAAAGUAACAGAAACAGAAUCUGGUUUUGGGAAGCACAAAUGCAGAGACUGAGGAGGGCCUGGAAAGCACUAGAAUUAGAGAAAAGAUAAACACAGGGAAAGCCACUGAUCUGAAAUUCCUACUACCCUACAUGGCUUCAUCCAACUCCUCACAGAACUGUCCCUUUGUGUCUUCUGAAGAAAGCAAGAUAUUCCUGAUUGUGAUGUAUAGUAGCGUCUGUGUGCUAGGCCUUCCCACAAAUUGUUUCACUGCCUGGUUUUCCCUCUUGCAGGUGCUACAGGGGAAUGUGUUGGCCAUAUACCUCUUCUGCUUGGCCAUUUGUGAAUUGCUCUAUGUGGCAACUUUACCCUUCUGGAUUGUUUAUAUUAGGAAUGAUCAUGUAUGGACAAUGGAUUUUCAGACCUGUAACAUAAUUGCAUUUGUAUUUUUCUGUAAUAUCUAUGUCAGCAUUUUACUUUUGUGUUGCAUUUCUUGUGAUCGUUUCAUUGCUGUGACAUAUGCUUUGGAAUCUAGAGGGUACAGAAAACUAAAAAUAGCUGCGUUCAUUUCGAUAGCAAUCUUUUUAAUUGUGGGAAUAGUCCACUAUCCAGUUUUUCAAAUGAAAGAAAAUAUAACUUGUUUUGAAGCCUCUACAAUAGAUAGUAAGAUAGCUAGUUUUCAUUUCUUUCGCUUUUUAGUAGGAUUUGCUAUCCCAUUUUCCAUCAUCAUUUUCACAAACUACAAGAUCUUCAAGAACAUCAAAACCAGCACAACUUUGACUGGAUGCCAGAAGGCCAAAGUAAAGAACUUGGCUAUUUCUAUAGUUCUCACUUUCCUAGUCUGUUUUGCUCCUUAUCAUUUGGUACUUCUUGUUAAAGCUUCAGUUUUUUCCUACUAUAAAGGUGAAGCAAAGAAAGUGUGUACUUUGGAAACUAAGAUGAAUAUGAUUUCAAUGGUAUUCCUAGGCCUGUGCACUUUCAACAGCAUAGCAAACCCUAUCAUCUAUGUGCUAGCCAGUGACAAUUGCAAAAAUGAAUUGUCUCGUGUUCACAAAGGAUGGAAACAAUGGUCCACAAAGACUGAUAGUAUCAACCUAAAGUGUUCAAAGUAGAUGGAAUAGUUAACACCAUAACCUGUAAUGUGUCAUCUGCUUUUUUCUAUCCCACAUUCUAUAGUGGUGCAACCAGAGUUCAGUGACAGUUUAUAUUUUUAAAAAGAGAGAUUUUAACAGCUGAAGAACUGCCACAUUACAACAUUUUCCCCAAAGCAUCUAAAGAACUGUGUUUUUUGGAAUAUUGUGGCUUUUGCAGUCUACAAUGUCUGCAAAAGUCAGAGUUAUUGUAAUAGACUUCUGUGAGGUACCAAGGUAUAUGGGACAGGUCGAAUGCAAGACCCCCUUCCCAUUUAACUAAUCAGAGACAUCAUUAGGUACAAAGAGAAAGCAUUUAUUUAAUCCCUGCAGGGAAAGACCCAGACACACCUGGGAGCCAUCCCAAGUCCACCAUCUGCUCCUGGAACUCGGCCAGCUUCUGGCUUGUCCAGGGUUUAAAAGCAGAAGACUGAAGCCUUCUCAUUGGAUAGACUAAAAGGACAUAAUGAUUGUUGACCAAUGGUCCUAUAUCUCCAGGUUCAAAGUUCAUUUGUCCAGAAAUCAAAUGACCUCCCUAAAGUCCCAGUUCUGGGAACAGGGAUCAUGUGACUCAGUACUGAGAAAUACUUCAUCCAAUCAGUCCCAUUAAAAGGGAAAGUUAACAUGAGCAAAGAGUAAGCUUUUCAUAGGAGAAGGUCUUAAAAGCUAUGACAGGAGAAUACUCCACAUAAAAAGGACAACAUGAACAAAAGUGCUAAACUGGAAACCCAUGUGUGGGCAGAGGCAAAAAAAAGUCAAGCUUUGGUUCCAUCUCAGCCAAAGAGUCCUUUCCCAAGGAUUUUAUCAUGAAGGGGCAAUGGUAGAAAUCAGGCAGCAACAAUAGCAAGGUUUCAGGAACAAGUAUAAAUGGGAAAAAAGAAGAGAGACUCCUUUGAGAUGCUUAGGGAAGAAGGAGCAUAUGACAUCUUUAAGAUACUGUAAAUUGUCAAACCUUCACUGACCUCUACAAAUAUUUACAAAGUGGGUGAUCAAUUAGCAUUCAUUGAUAAUGACUUUAUUUGUUAUAAGUGCUUUCAAUUCAAUAAAUAAAUUAAUAAUUAAUUAA